GAAAAAAGAUUCACAUCAAGUCCGUUAGCCCUGAAUGCCCCUGUACUGUACCCACCACCAUCCAAGCAGUAUAGUCUAGAUGUCACGACAAGGCGAAGAUUGGUCAAAGCGCAUGCUAUUCUCAUGGUGCUUGCCUGGUUUUUCUUCAUUCCGACAGCGUUUCUAUUUGCUCGAUUCUUGAAAGCUGCCUUCAGAGGCGUAAAACCUUGUGGAGUUGCCCUGUGGUUCCAGGUCCAUCGAGUCAGCAAUCUUAUAGGAAUAGCAAUGAUGGUUGCCUCUUUUGUGUGCAUAUUGGUGUGUAAAGACUGGCGAUGGACUGGCCCAGGGUCAUCAAGUAAAUACUGGACUCAAAUCCAUACUCUGCUAGGCCUAAUCUCAUUGAUAUUAGCUUGGUUGCAACCUUUCGGCAGCUUGCUGAGAUGUGCACCAGUCCAUCCUUUACGACGCAUGUUCAACUGGAGUCAUCGUCUUAUUGGAGUCGUGGCUUUUGCCCUCGCAACUGCCGCAACAGCUAUCACAGCGUUACAAUUCAAAAUUUGGCAGCAACAUGAGCUACAGCUUGUGCUAGUUCUUUCACCAUCAGUUAUACUCAUAACACUGGUUGUUCUAUUCAUAUUCUUAAACAGCACAGUGGAUAGGCAUGACCAUGACAAGGGAAAUGGCGAUCCA